AUGGAUCAGCUGUCGAUAAGUGACGCCACGAAUGGCAAACACAGUGAGAGACCGGUGUCCGCGUCGGGCGAUCCGUUGCUGCGGAGGAAUGGCAGCCAAAAGAUGCCGAAGAAGUGUGCGAAGAGGGCCGUCAGGUACUUCGACAACGACCUCAAUGUCCAGCGAUUUUUGGGCAUAUUUUCGGCGCAUUACUGUUGGCCACAAGACUGCGAGGAGGGCUCACGAGACAAGUGUUGGUCACAAGUGAUGAUCGCAUCCAACGAGUGGUUUAUGGCUCGGCUGUGGCCUCAAGUGGUGUCCAAAGUGCCGAAGAUUACCGCCGAUGACCGCACUCUGCAUCAGAUCAACGAACUGUUGUUCGCAUUAGUGCUCAAAGAGUGCGAUCUGUUGACAGCACAACAGAUGCAGUACUUCGAGGCCGUCAUCGAUGUCUUCAACAACGAGCUAACGUUUGGUGUUUUGUUUUGGCUGAAGAUAUGCUCGCAAUUCAAUUGGCGACUCAUUUACGCCAAACUCAUUGCUGAUCACAAACACUGCAAACGAGUGCUGGAAGUGCUGUGCGAAGAGUUGGAGUCGGAAGACGUGUACCGGUGUAUGAAUGGACAAGAAGUGGAUUACUUAUACUCAUUGGUGGACUGCGUGUGCGUCCACGCGAUCGCCCACAACAUAGUCAACGAUAAGUCGCAUAAAAACGUGUAUUUCGUGGAUGUGAUGAAGAGAUUUGACGAUCGGGUGGUCUAUGGCAGCGAUUAUCGACCACUGAUGAGACAAUUGGCGACCUUUAAUGUAUUGACUCAAGAGUUGAUUGGCUUUGGCUUCGCGUUGAUGUCCAGCGAUGACCACAAAUGCCAGGAAAUGAUUCGCAAUAAGGUCCGCGAACUCGAGAAACUGUUGGACGAAAGGGUUAACGACAUCGACGCCAAUGUGGAGCCAAUGGACAAGAGAGUGGCCGAAGACGUGGCGCACAUGAAGGCAAACAUGUUGUCACUCGAGUUGAUUAAUAAGCAGUACUUCCAGAAGAAUGGAGUGACACUACAACUCCAACCCUUGCAGAAGUUCUUCGAGAAGAUCACCGAUAAGAGUGGCGUCAAAGACAUCGACAUCCAUAGCUUCUUCUACUUUUCUUGCAUUUUGAACGACAGAUUACACGCCAAUUACUGCCAACUCCUGCAGCUAUUGAUUGGUUUCGCGGACUCUCGUCAUUACGAGAAACUGAUGGCACGUAUCAGACCCGAGGACGUGGUCAUCAACGGUCUGUUGACUGCUUUGGCGCACAGAGUGUACAGUGAUGUGGACGAUAGCGGCCGCAUAUGUUUCCAGAAACUGCUGUACUCUUCGCUGAGCGCCUCCCGAGAGAUUGAUCUCAAGAAACGUGUCCAAGAUUUUGGUCUGAAAGCCAUUUGCGGUCAUAACUCGAUGGCCAUUAAGACUCUAUUUAACCAACUCGUCGACAACGACACCAUUACUCUCGACAAACUGAUCCACGAAAUCAUUAUCGGCGCUUAUAUCGACGGCCGGAAAACACUGGAACAGUUGAUGGCAGUGGCGUUCGACCAAAGCCUAGUCCAUCAGCAGGUUGUGGCCAAAGUACUGGUGAAUGAGUUGCACGCCUUGUCCUCAAUGGAGAUGUACGGACACCCAGUGCUGUAUCAACUGAUUCUGCACCGCAUUAUGGAUCAGUCAUCGCUCGAAAUGAUUAAUCAAAUGACAAAACUUAUUGAACUCAUUGUGAAUGAGCCGCAGAGGGAGGACAUGUCGCCCGUAGUAUCGGUGGAAACGCUGUUUCAAUACCUGAUUUGCGACAAUAAGUUCACGAAACAAGAGGUGGUCUUCUCGAAACUGGUGUUACUUAAGAAUUUGGUAAAUAUGACUGACGGGGAGUGGCCUACCAUUCAAGCGAAUCCCGUUCCCAUCAUUGCCUAUUUGAUGCAAUACAUGGACUAUUUCUGGCGAAGUCCUGUCCGUAAGGAACUGUUCGUCGAAUUCUUGGACGACUUCUUGAAGAAGAAGUUGAAUAGAGAGUUGACUGAAGAGGAGUUCCACGAUUUGGAUGACAUGUUGAGAGACCUGUUCGGGAGUCGUAUGCAGGCCUCCCAUCAUCGCAUAUACCUUAUGUACUGCGAGCGGGUGUUCCCUAAGCCGGUGCACGAGUUGUACAAUAUUCGGACCGACAUAUAUCACGACCAGAUCCUCCACUACGCCAUCGCCACACAUAGUCACCAGUGGAUCAGCGCUGUCUAUCAGCCCGAGCUGUACAUCACAUACGAGAAGGACAUUAAGACGGCGUUGGCGCACAUAUUGCCGGCGCUCACGGCCAGGGAGUGGUUCAAACUGUUUGAUUGGCUAAUGCUCUACUACUAUACGUUUCAAGUGAUGACAAUGUUUCGGACGGCCAUCAGUAACACCAAAGAGAGCGUCGACAAGAACCCACUCGUCGACUGUUAUCUGAAGUUAGCCGCGGAUGUGGUCGUCGAUCGACACGAGUUGGCAGCGAUUCAGCGUCCGAUGAAUGAGAAGGACAUACAUCUGUAUGAACUGGAUUUGGCGAUUAUGUUCAAAGCGCUGUCAACCGUGGAGUUCCUGUUCGUUAGCGCCGAGUUGAGGGCCAGACUUGUGGUCAUUCUGACAGAGUUGGCCACAACUAUACGAACGGAAGGCUUCCGCCUCCCGUCUCGCUAUUGGGAUGACAAGAGGCAAAUACCAUACAUCGUCAAAGAGGUGGUGAACCAGGUGUUCCCACCCGACUAUCACAAGGAGGACAUGGAGGACAGUGUGGACGUCCACAAGACACUGUUGAUACCGCCCGGCAGUCAACGCAUUAAUGCCAUGAAAGCGCUCAACAGUUUGAGCGAUAGUAAUGAAUAG